UCCCUCGGCCAGCGAGCAAUUCUACACCUACCCUAAAGGGCCUUUCCACCCAGUCCUUCCUCCUCCUCCCCCUCCCCCCGCACGCACGUGUGGUUUAGGGGAAGGGAGACGGGGAGAGAGACGGGGAGAGAGACGGAGAGAUAGAGGGAGGGAGAUAGAGAGCGAGAGGCCUACGGCGAGGCUCUGUAGCCGGGUUACCGGGCCUCAUAACCAUGACUAUCAGGGCCGGCUGUGUGACCUAUACAAUCGUCCCUUUCUUCGCUAUCCGGUUGAUACCUCCCUAAUCUUCCUACCCUACCCUCCCUACCUAUUCCCUCCCCCUUCUCGCCCCCUUUCCUUCCAGACAUCAUAUAUCAGGUAGUGAAAAAAAGGCCAUCGUGCGCGCGAACGUCACCCUACGACGACGACGACUACAGUAUGACGAAACAGUGGAAUGUUUACGAGGCCACGAUCCGGUCUCUCUAUGCGGAGAAUACGCUAUCGGAUGUGCGUCGGAUCAUGAGCGAAAAGCACGGGUUCAAUGCCUCAAUCCGCGCGUACCGAGGCCGACUGCUGCGCUGGAACGUGCGCAAGUACAACUGCCGCAAGGGUAGCGUGUCGUCGAGCGCGACGACGGCGACGGGCAGCGGCGGCGGUAGUAGCGGCGCCCGAUACGGCUCGGACCCGGCGUCGCCGUCGCCCACCGCGGCGGCGCCCAUGCUGCUCCCCGCGGAGUUCGCGGCGAUCGCGGCGAUGCCUCCGACGUACCCGCCGUUCCCGCCCCCGCCCCCGGCCCGUCGCCACCCGCAGCGGCGGCCGCCGCACGCGUACGCCGACGGCGGCGCGCAGCGGUACGUCGCGCCGGGCCGCGCCCCGCGCAGAGGCGGCCCAGCGCCGCCCGGCCGCCUAGCCCCCCCGCCCGCGCGGGAGACGCGGGACAGCCGCGGUGCCGACCGCGGCGCGCCCCGCAGCAGCAGCGACAGCGACAGCGCCGGCGCCGGCGGGGCGUUCCUCUUCGGGGCGCCGCCGCCGCUGCCCGCGACGUCCGACCCGGACUGCGCGCCCGCGCCGACGCCCGCGCCGCCGUAUCUGGGCUACCCGCCCGCGCCGCCACCCUACCUCGGCUACGAGAUGGCGGCCCACGCCCACGCCCACACACACGGCCAGCAGCAGCACUACCCCGACGCCCGGUACUACCGCGCGCCGCCGCAAGACGACCAGGCGGCGGCCGCGGCGCGAGGAGGCCUCGCGCACCUGCUCCCGGCUGCCGGACCGGGGCUAGGGCGCGGAUGA